AUGGCAGGCCAAGAAGAAGAUGCAGCAAAGCCAAAACAAGACCAAGAAGAAGAACCAGAAGCAAAUCCAAUAGAAGAAAAGCUUCUGUCUUCCUAUUUAGGCCUAAGUUUCUCUCUCUUUUUAGCUUUCUUGCCUACUAACUCCAUUUCUUUAACACCGAACCUCCAAACCCAGAUCAGAGACCUCUCAAUACGCCUUUUUCAAGCAGAAGAACAGUUAAAACAAAUGAAGUCAAGAAGAAAAGAGGACUCAAAAGCAAAUGCAAGAGUUGUAGAGAUCUUUGCAAGCCACAGGAACGCUUGGCAAGCUGAAGAGAAGAGGUUGCUUCAACAGAUCGACUUAGCAAGUGAAGAAAUGGCUUCAUUAAGAGCUAAAGUUGAAGACUUUGAGAGAGAGAGAGAAGAGUGGCAACGAAAGAUUCAAGAUUUGGAGAGAGAGGUUGGUGAGAGAGAGGAAAUGAUUGGAUUUAUGUCAAGAAAUGCUGUUGGUGGUGGUGGUGAGUUUGUGGAGGGUGAGGAGGAGUCUGUUAGGUGUGGGAGUGGGGAAUAUUAUGGUGUGGGGGAGGAGGAGGAGGAGGAGGAGGAGAAUGGGAAUUUUGUUCAUGGUCAACAGUAUUAUCAGCAUUUGCUGCACCAGCAGCAGCAAGGGAGUAAUGGGGGUUUCAGUUCAGAUUUAUUGGCUUCUGCGUCUAAGUUUUGGAGUGAGACAGCUAGUACUCUCUGGCAGGAUGUUCAGUAUGAUUCCCAUGAAUCGCUCUAUAAUAUGAAACAUUUUGUGGCAAGAAGAGAGUCCCCGUGGAAGGUAGAUGGUGAUUCAACAGGCAUUUCCUCUAAGUUAAAAUUACUCGAAGAGGAACUUCUGAAUUUGGAAAAAGUUGGCAAAACUGAUAUAUCAAAGGUUCCAUCCCUAAUGAGGAAGCAGGCAAAGAGAUAUCAAGCUCUAGCAGGAAAGAUUGAUGAUCUUUGCAGAAGAAUGCUAGCUAGCGAUCCAUGUGAACCUACACUGAGUCCUGAGUUUCGAACACAGAGGCAAACAGAGUUUUUGCUUGAAGCAUUUCGGCUCAAGGAACGUGCUUCUGAAACUGGAGACAGGCUAAUGGCAUUGCAAAAUGAGAUUGGUAAGAGCUACCAUAGGGAUGAGGUGGGGAGCCAGGCCAAGCUCAUAAUGAGACGAUCAUUCGACUCCAUAAGGAACAAUUUAAAGGAAGUUCAGAGAAACUUGGAAAUAUGGUUGGCCAGAAUUAUUGGAGAUCUUAAAGGGAUUCUGGCCAGAGAUGGUUCCUCUCGUCAACGUGAAUAUUAUAUUUCUAGUGAGGAGCAACAUGGAAAUCAGGAAAUGUGA